UGUUUUAAAGAUGACCGCAUUGUGUUUUGGACUUGGAUGUAUUCCACAUAUUUUAUGGAAAAACUGGCUCCACGACAGGAUGACAUGCUCUUCUACGUGCGACGGAAACUGUCCUAUGUGGGCACAGACGGCAUCGAAGGCAAAAAGGUGACUAGCAGAGGAGUAUCUCGCAGGCAGGUAGAAGUUGAAGUCUAUCGAAAGGAUUCGAAGAAGCUUCCCGGCCUCGGAGACCCUGACAUUGACUGGGAGGAGAGUGUCUACUUAAACCUUAUUUUACAGAAGCUCGAUUACUUGGUGACGUGCGCUGUGUGUACACGUUCAGAUGCCGGAGACAUUCACAUCCAUAAGAAGAAAUCUCAACAAGUAUUUGCCUCUCCAAGCAAACAUCCGAUGGACAGUAAGGGAGAGGAAUCAAAGAUCAGUUACCCCAAUAUCUUUUUCAUGAUUGACAACUUCGAAGAGGUGUUCAGUGACAUGACUGUGGGAGAAGGAGAAAUGGUUUGUGUCGAACUUGUAGCCAGUGACAAAACAAACACGUUUCAAGGGGUCAUUUUCCAAGGCUCCAUCCGCUACGAGGCACUGAAGAAAGUAUAUGAUAAUCGGGUCAGUGUGGCGGCCAAGAUGGCUCAGAAGAUGUCCUUUGGCUUCUACAAAUAUAACAACAUGGAGUUUGUGCGGAUGAAGGGACCACAAGGCAAAGGUCAUGCAGAGAUGGCCGUAAGCAGGGUGUCCACGGGAGACACGUCGCCGUACGGUACAGAGGAGGAUUCCAACCCUGGUUCACCGCUGCAUGAAAGAGUGACGUCAUUCAGCACUCCGCCCACUCCAGAACGCAACAACCGCCCGUCCUUCUUCUCUCCAUCUCUUAAGAGGAAAGUGCCCAGGAACAGAAUAGCAGAGAUGAAGAAGUCGCACUCCGCCAAUGACAGUGAGGAGUUUUUCCCGGGACAGUGAUGACGGUGGAGAUAUACACAGUGUAACAAACCUGAGGUCUCGCUCCCUCUCUGGAACGGGAAGAUCGCUGGUGGGGUCAUGGCUGAAGCUGAACAGAACCGACGAGAACUUCCUUCUCUAUGCACACCUGACCUACGUCACCCUACCACUGCAGCGCAUCCUGUCCGAUAUCUUGGAGGUGAGACAGAAGCCAAUCUUGAUGUCAUAG